AUGGAUUCACGCCCUACUCAAGAAAGAAUUCUUUCAGCUUUGAAAGCUUCAAAUGUGGAAUUUCCAGAAACAGCGUCAAUUGCACAAUUGAGAACAUUAUAUGAUUCUUUGCAAGUUAACGGUGGUCCAUCAAAGCAGACUGAAUUGCCUUCUGGAAAUGUGGUUUCUUCUGAUUCUGCUGGGAAUUCAUCUGUAACUGUCACUACAAUGUCAUCCAAUACUUUGAAUGAAACUCCCGUUAUUAAUUCCGCAACUGCCGAUCCUGAAAAUUUGCUUCAGUCAUUUCAAUGUAAUGCGAAAUUGGCGUAUCCUGUGCAAAUCUUCGGCAAACACAGACUUCAGUGCCUCCUUCCGUAAUUUCUUCCGUACCUUCCGUCUAUAAUUCUUCUGCUUCCGUUCCU